AGACUGACAUCAUAUCAACAGAACGCGGAAGUCCCAGUUCCCCUACCUCUCGCCCAUCGCAAACAAAUAUAAGGGUUUAAGUACAGCCAACGUGGGCCAAGUCAGGGCACUACCCUAGGGUCGAAUUGUGUUCUCACAUUGACGAGAGAUGAGCAAGGGGAAGGCUAAAGGGCAGGAGAACAUGCCCAGCUCCCUCCUCAGCAUCCAGGAGAAUGAGCGUCUGGUGGACCUGCUGGGCCGGAGAUGUGUGAGUCUGGCCACUGCUGUUGUACAGCUCUAUAUGGCCCUUCCCCACAGUCCAGCCCACUGGAGUCUACAGCAUACUGGAGUGGCGUGUUUUGUCAAGGACAACCCACGCCGUUCAUACUUCAUCCGCCUUUAUGAUAUAAAGGAGGGGAAAAUGAUAUGGGAGCAAGAGUUAUAUAAUCAGAUGACUUACUCCAGUCCAAAGCAGUUUUUUCUCAGUUUCCCAGCAGAUGACUGCCAAGUGGGUCUAAACUUUGCAAGUGAGCAGGAAUCGGACCUGUUCAGAAACUCAUUAGAGGAAAAGAUCAACCAGAGAGCCAAUCGCCAAGAAAAAAGACAGAGUUCUCCAACUGAAGAAAAACGAGCGCUACCACCCACACCCCCAUCAAAUGGUCCACUGAUGCUGCCAGGUGGUAUGGCCACAAUAGAUAUCCCAAACCCAGACAUUUUGGCCUCUCGGUAUCGAUCUUCUAGUGUCCCUGUGCCUGCGCCUGCUUCCUUCUGCAAAGGAAAGAAAGACAAGAAGGGCAAGAAGAAGGGACCUCGACUUACCAAGGCAGAUAUCGGUGCACCCAGUGGUUUUAAGCAUGUCACACAUGUAGGAUGGGAUCCAAACACUGGGUUUGAUACCAAUAAUUUGGACCCAGAUCUGAAAAAACUGUUUUCUUGUGCUGGUAUCAGUGAAGACCAGCUGACAGACAAAGAGACAUCCAAACUUAUCUACGAUUUCAUUGAGCAGUCUGGUGGCCUGGAUGCUGUCAAAGAGGAGAUGAGGAAGCAGGAUGCAAUGGUUCCUCCAUCUCGGAGUAUACCCCCAGUCCCAAGUGGUGCACCUGCAGCCCCUCCACCUCGUGGGGACCGGAACCUUCCUCCCGUCCCUGGCCAACCUCCACCAGCUACUUCCCGUAAUCAGAGAGCUCCACUUCGUGGACCCGUUCCACCACCUCCUCCAACUGGAAGAACUGGACCUCCACCUCCUCCACCUCCUUCUGGUGGUUACUCAGCUCCCCCACCACCUCCCCCCAGUUCUUCUAUGGGUGGAGGAGGAGCACCUCCACCUCCCCCUCCCCCUCCACCUCCUCCACCUCCUGCUCCGGUCAUUAGUUCCAACAGCAGCAGCCCGGUCAGUCCUUCUACAACUUCAGGAAGUGGCAGAGGAGCUUUAUUGGACCAGAUACGACUGGGCACCAAGCUAAAGACUGUUACAGACAGUCCUGAUCCUCAUCCUUCAUCACAAGAUCAGGGUGGUGAGGGCAUCGUUGGAGCUCUGAUGAUGGUGAUGCAGAAAAGAAGCAAAGUCAUUCAUUCCUCAGGUGAUGAAGAAGAUGAUGGAGGUGAGGAUGAAGAUGAUGAUGAAUGGGAUGACUAAUGCCAAUAUCCAUCUCUGGUAAACAGUACACACCCUUGUGUACACACACACACAGUUGUUAAAUCUGAAAAAAAAAUAUGUCGGUGUCUCAGUAACUGUACCUCAGUUCGUUAUCACCUUAAAAAUUAUAUCUAACAUGAAUUUAUACAAACUGUCAUGUAAAACUUGUAAAACUGUGUAAUGUAAAACAGUAUAAAACUGUUACAACCAGUAAUAGCAAUUUACAUUUUGUUUGUCAAAUAAUACAAGUGUCUAAACUGUACAAUAUUUAGACAUUACAAAAUGCAGUUUACAUGUAAAUUGUUAUUUGGUCAAUCCUUUUUCAAACAGAAUUUGCAAUCUGUUUUUUUUUUGUUGUUGUUGCCAUUUUGGGAGGUGGAGGAAGAUGUCACGGACCACUAGUAACCCGAAUGAUUCUUUUAAGGGUUUAGGUGAUAACAAAUAGUAGUAUUAUUAAAACUGAAUAAAGCAAACUCAUUAUGCAA